UUCCCUCACUGUCAAUCAAAAUAGAAAAAAAAUCGACCCGAAUUCACCGAUCAACACAAGCCCGCCUUUGAUAAAAGAUAAUCAUGUUCGGAGUUUAGUUGAUCAGAUAAUCUUUCGAUUAUUACCAUUCACGAUAUGACUGGUACAUAACAUUUAACCCAUCAACCAACCGCGCCAGAGCAACAUUUGAAACAAGAGGAAAUGGCUACCGCGGACGUGGAAGGCAGUCAAAGCGAAUUCCUACAGCACGGCGGAGCCUCGGAAAACCAGACCACAGACAUGACCGCCAUCCAGCUAACAGGUUCAGACCGUUGGGAGUUGUUAACCCCGGUCUCUACAGGGAAGGAUGCGCAGCAGGGAGUUGUCCACAUUCCUAACUCUGGUAUGAUGACCUCUAACGGCCAGUAUGUUCUCCCUAUCGGGAACAUGGACAGUCAGCCCAUAUACGUCACAGCAUCUGGCAACGACGGCUCAGCCAACGGAGUGUCCAGCAUACAAUACCAGAUCCACAACUCAGAUGGAACUCUGGCAGGCUUCUCUGCGCAGGGAUUGGACGAUGGCUCGGGCCAAAUCCAGCUCAUCCAGGACGGUAGCCACGGCAAUAUCGGAAUCAGCGUCGCCACAACGACAACCUCUGACCUCCUAACGCAGGCUGGGCAUAUGCAGCAGAUUCAGGGCGUGUCAUUGGCCGGGGGCACGACCUAUAGCGGCGCGGUUCCCAUGGGGCUGUCGGGGGGUAACAUAACUUUCCUCCCUAUCAACAGCAUAGACCUCGAAUCACUAGGGCUUGCCGGUGCUCAGACGGUUCCCAUAGCAACGACGACCGACGGUCAGCUGAUCAUGGGCAGCCAGGCGCUGGAGGGGCAGGAAGGUGCAGCCAAACAGCUAGCGACCCUAGUUAGUGAAGCUAACGGUAACCCAGACCUCUACGUGCCAACAACCUCAUCAUCCCAGCUGCCUGAGACCAUCGACGGGACGGGGGUUCUGACCCAAGCUACUGCCGUGUCCGCCGGGGUUUCAGACGCAUCCCCAGAGAACUACAACUCCCACAACCACCUGCAGCAAAUACAGGUGUCCACCUCUAAUGCCUCGUCCUUCUCCCAGCCCAUCCUACAGCUGUCGGGGGACAACCAGGGGGCCCAGGGACAGGAUCUAUCCCAGUCUGGGCAGACGCUCCAGAGUGUCCAGCUCGUCAACCCUGGAACCUUCCUCAUCCAGGCCCAGACAGUCACUGCUUCGGGACAGAUACAGUGGCAGACCUUCCAGGUCCAAGGGGUCCAGUCUCUGCAGGGCCUCCAGCUCCCCCAGGCCCAGGGGGGCCAGCAGUUGACUCUGGCCCCAGUCCAGGGCCUCUCUAUGGGUCAGGGAGGAUCCAUCACCCUGCCUAACCUCCAGACUGUUACAGUCAACUCUAUAGGACAGCCAGGGAUUCAAUACACACAGGGAGAGGAGGCCGGCAGUCCUGCAGGCAUCCAGAUAAAGGAGGAGCCAGACUCUGAAGAAUGGCAGCUGAGUGGUGACUCCACCCUCAACCCCAGUGACAUCAACAACCUGCGUGUCCAGAUGGAUGACGAAGACAUGGACAUGUCCACCGGGGAGGGCAAGAGGUUGAGGAGAGUCGCCUGCACCUGUCCCAACUGUAAAGAGGCUGGAGGGAGAGGGUCGAGUCUUGGUAAGAAGAAGCAGCAUAUCUGUCACAUCGUGGGCUGUGGGAAGGUGUACGGUAAGACUUCUCACCUCAGGGCUCACCUCAGAUGGCACAGCGGAGAACGACCCUUCGUCUGCAACUGGAUGUUCUGUGGCAAGCGGUUUACCCGGAGUGACGAGCUACAGAGACACAGACGGACACACACGGGAGAGAAGAAGUUUGUGUGCGCACAGUGUUCAAAGAGGUUCAUGCGUAGCGACCAUCUGGCCAAACAUAUAAAGACUCACCAGAAUAAAAAAGGUGUGGCUUCCUCCUCAUUGUCUCCGCCCCCCAGCGACACCAUCAUCACCGCAGACGGAACCACCCUCAUCCUUCAAUCAGCUGCUGGCGGCCACGACCUCCUAGGCAAUCAGGAGAUCCCUCUGCAGCUGGUCACCGUGGCACCCGGUGAGGUCAUGGAAUGAGGAUGUGGCUUAUAGACUGGCCAAUAAACAGGGACCGUGUGGGCUUUUUUCUCCCCCCCUUUGUUUUUUGUUUUUUAUUGGUUUUUUAUAUAUGAAUAUAUAUACGUAAAUAUAUAUGACAAAUAUAUAUAUAUUUUAAGUAAGAGUUAUCAUGACUUUAUGUUUGUUAUUUGCAGUCUUUUUAUAGGCAGGCAAACAAAUUACAUUCAAUGUUGUCACUAUGUACACAGACACACACACACUCUCGCAAACAUGAAUACUCACUAUGAAAUGCCUUAUUUUGUAUCAUACUGUUGUAUAAAAUGCUGGAGAUGCAUGUGUUUUUUAAGCUUUUGCAGAUCAUGUAAUUGUGUUAUGAUGCAGGGAAUAGGAAAAGUGUAGUAGCCCUCUCUCUAGAGCGAUUGAUUGAAUAAUUGAUUAUAUUGAAUCAUCGGUCGCUUUCUCUAGAGAGUGUGGGUGAGAGAGAGACUACAGGUGGCUUCAUUAACUCUUCACCUGAAGCGACAAGCAUAACACCCUUUUAAGACCUUGUGAACACUGUCAUAGCCAUGAUAUAACACAUUUUUUUUAAAAACAUUUUUAUUAUAGAACACUAUGACAGCGUUUAACAACCAAUAUCUGCAUAAUGUCAGACCUUUGUAAUGUAGUGGUAGAGUUGGGCUUGCACACUAAUUCUCCAACACAUACCUUUUGAUUUGUUAACAAUGUUCUGAUCAAUUAAUGUUUGGAUUGAUUGAAACUUUGCUAACCAAUAAAGGUAUGUCUGUGUGGACACUUUUAUUUCCAUGUAGAUUUUUUCCCAGCCCUGUACCCCAUGAAAGUGAUGUGACCUCAUGCUAUUAAAGCUUGCCCGUUAAGACAUGC